UUUUGGCUUUGGUUGAAGACAGAACUUAGCAUAUAUGUACUGCUUUACCCACUGGAAGAAUGACAGAUGACAAAGAUGUGCUUCGAGACGUGUGGUUUGGACGAAUUCCAACUUGCUUCACCCUGUAUCAGGAUGAGAUAACCGAGAGGGAAGCAGAGCCAUACUAUUUGCUUUUACCAAGAGUCAGUUAUCUGACGUUGGUAACUGAUAAAGUGAAAAAGCACUUUCAGAAGGCUAUGAGACAAGAAGACGUCAGUGAAAUAUGGUUUGAGUACGAAGGCACACCCUUGAAAUGGCAUUAUCCAAUUGGUUUACUAUUUGAUCUUCUUGCAUCAAGUUCAGCUCUUCCUUGGAACAUCACAGUACAUUUCAAGAGUUUUCCAGAAAAGGACCUUCUACACUGUCCCUCCAAGGAUGCAGUCGAAGCUCAUUUUAUGUCAUGUAUGAAAGAAGCUGAUGCUCUAAAGCACAAAAGUCAAGUCAUCAAUGAGAUGCAGAAGAAAGACCACAAGCAGCUCUGGAUGGGACUGCAGAAUGACAGAUUUGACCAAUUUUGGGCCAUCAACCGGAAACUCAUGGAAUAUCCACCUGAAGAAAAUGGAUUUCGUUAUAUCCCUUUUAGAAUAUAUCAGACUACGACUGAACGACCUUUCAUUCAGAAGCUCUUCCGUCCUGUGGCUGCAGAUGGACAGCUGCAUACACUUGGAGAUCUCCUCAGAGAAGUCUGUCCUUCCGCAGUCACCCCUGAAGAUGGAGAAAAAAAGAACCAAGUGAUGAUUCAUGGAAUUGAGCCAAUGCUGGAAACCCCUCUGCAGUGGCUGAGUGAGCAUCUGAGCUACCCAGAUAACUUUCUUCAUAUUAGCAUUGUCCCCCAGCCAACAGAUUGACGAAGCAGCUCCACACUGGAUGGUGGGAUCACCUUGACUCAGCAUGUCACCCUCGCUUCAGUCAGGUUUGGUGGAGGCAACACGUGGCUACCUGCAAGCCUAGAAGGAAGAAGAUUCCAUGAGAGAUAGGGCAGCCGGGCAGGUCUGAUUGGGCACCACCACUGCUUUGCUACACUGCCGUCAUUAAACUGAGCUGAGACACAACAGGACCACUGGGGUCUUUUUCUCUCAUGAAAUACAAUGCAGCUGAAGCCUUUGCUCUAGGGGAAAAAAACGGAAACAUGUGCCACAGUUUGUAUUUCUGACUAACAAAUAAGCGGGGUAUUUCCUAAGGUAACCAUGGUUGAACCUUAGUCAAGAAAAUAGAAGCACUGGUUAAUUUUCAAGAGAAUUAGACUUAAGAAAGUAAAAGAGAAAUUCUGUAAUCAAUAACGCAGUAAUUUUUUUUUUUGUAAAGAUCAAAUUACAGUAAACCCAUCUUUCCUUAAUGAGAAUUUCCUGUUUACAGUCUAUUGGUAUGCAAACAAUCUUGUAACUUUGAUAAUGAACAGUGAGAGAUUUUUAAAUAAAGCCUCUAACUAUGUUUUGCCAUUUAAUAACA